GGUGAGCGCGGCGUGGGGCUGCCCCCUCCCCGGAGGCGGCGGGGGCGGCAGGGGCUUCGCCGCACCGCACCUCGCGGGCGGCCAUGGAGCGAGCCUAGGGCCCGACAGGAAUUGUGGGAGGCGCUUCAGUGAAGAAAUGGACCAGUGUGUAUAAUCAUGGGAUCUCCUUGCUAACCUUCGCCACCUGCUCUUCCUGAUAAGUGAGCGAGAGAGUGGGUCAGGGGAGAAGGAAAAGAGAUCAACAUGAAGCUAAAGCAGCGUGUUGUGCUGUUAGCAAUUCUCCUCGUCAUCUUUAUCUUCACCAAAGUUUUCCUGAUUGACAACUUAGAUACAUCAGCUGCCAACCGGGAGGACCAGAGGGCUUUUCACCGAAUGAUGACUGGCUUGCGGGUAGAGUUGGCACCUAAGCUGGACCACACCUUGCAGUCUCCCUGGGAGAUUGCAGCCCAGUGGGUGGUUCCCCGGGAAGUGUACCCUGAAGAGACACCAGAGCUGGGGGCAAUCAUGCAUGCCAUGGCUACCAAGAAAAUCAUUAAAGCUGACGUGGGUUACAAAGGGACACAGCUAAAAGCCUUAUUGAUACUUGAAGGAGGACAGAAAGUUGUCUUCAAACCUAAACGGUAUGGCCGAGACUAUGUGGUAGAAGGGGAACCAUAUGCCGGGUACGAUAGACACAAUGCAGAGGUAGCAGCCUUUCAUUUGGACAGGAUUCUGGGUUUCCGCCGAGCCCCCUUGGUGGUUGGUAGAUUUGUUAAUCUGCGGACAGAGAUCAAGCCUGUUGCCACGGAGCAGCUGUUGAGCACCUUCCUAACUGUAGGAAACAAUAGUUGUUUCUAUGGGAAGUGUUAUUACUGCCGAGAAACAGAGCCAGCCUGUGCUGAUGGAGACACGAUGGAGGGAUCUGUCACACUUUGGCUUCCAGAUGUGUGGCCUCUGCAGAAACACCGACACCCAUGGGGCAGGACUUACCGAGAAGGCAAAUUGGCCAGGUGGGAGUACGAUGAGAGCUACUGCGAUGCUGUGAAGAAAACGUCCCCUUAUGACUCUGGCCCGCGCCUCUUGGACAUCAUUGACACAGCUGUCUUUGAUUAUCUGAUUGGCAAUGCUGACCGCCAUCACUAUGAGAGCUUUCAAGAUGAUGAAGGCGCCAGUAUGCUCAUCCUUCUCGAUAAUGCCAAGAGCUUUGGGAACCCCUCGCUGGAUGAGAGAAGCAUUCUUGCCCCUCUCUAUCAGUGUUGCAUCAUUCGAGUUUCUACCUGGAACAGACUGAAUUGCCUAAAGAAUGGCGUGCUAAAGUCUGCCUUAAAAUCUGCCAUGGCCCAUGACCCCAUCUCCCCAGUGCUCUCUGAUCCUCAUAUGGAUGCUGUGGACCAGCGGCUCCUGAGUGUCCUGGCCACCGUGAAGCAGUGCACUGACCAGUUUGGGAUGGACACUGUACUGGUGGAAGACAGGAUGCCUCUCUCCCACUUGUAAUUCUCAAUACAAAAAUAAGUGAAACUUCUUUUUACAAAGGUAGAGAAACAGCACAAUCAAUUCCAAAUGGUUUGAGAUGGAUUAGAAAUGGCCAGCAGCAAGUUCUGAUGAUAGGGGACAGGGUGGCCUUGGAUGUCUUUGGUGUUUCUGUAGUAGAAGCUAAAGCAAAGACCUGAAGUUUCAGAGCACAGAGGUGCUACUGCUGAAUCACAUUCUGACUUCCUCGGCAGUUGCCCAUUCUAAAAUGGGCGUCAUAGUUGGUCAGUCUUACUUCCCAUGCCAAAGGACAAACAGGUGUGGCAUUUGAAUAGGUAAAUGCUGGGACUGGUUCUGGAUUGUGCGUUUUGAGUUGAACCUUCCAGUCCUUUCUCCACACCUGUGGGUUUUAUGGAAACACUUUGCAGUCUCUUGUGUCUUUUUUACCAGAACUAGUCAAAUUGGAAAGCUUACUGCCUCCUACAGAGUGGCAGCAAAUAAAACUUUGCAUUCUGUCAAGCCAAAAUAGCAUGCUCUGUUGGAGGGGAUGUGUUUUUAAGAUAGAAUUGGAGGAAAGAGCAGAAGCAGGAAGAUGGUUGGGCUUUUAAGCAGUUGAGCAGUAUUCUCCUUCCCGUCGGGGAAGGAAGAAGAAAGACCUACUCGGUAGAACCAGAAUUAGGGAGAUGAUUGAAUUAGUGAAAAACAGGUUACCCUGUAUUUAGGUUCUUAGGGUGUGCAAAAAGCAAACAUGGCUUUGUCCCUCAGUAAAAUCUGCAUUCUCAUAGUUGUGUUCAAAGUAACCAAAAAAUUGUCUCUAGAGAAAAUACUGUUACAACCUAAGCAUGAUUCUCUUGUGGAGACUAAUUUUUUUCCCUUUUGCCUAAAGCUGGCAAAUCCUUUCCAAAUUAACAAGACAAACUGAAACAAUACCUUGAAUAAGAGUCAGGUUGCCUGUGAUCUCUGCCAUUCUCAUUUAUUUUCCGAAAUGAAUUUCCACUUCUGCCUUUAGGGCAUUUGGUCAUUGAAGCUGCUGUUCCCAAGAGAUUGGCUACCCUGUUUGUGCCUUUCUUGUGAGCAAAGGCAGCUCACUCCUACAGAUGAUAGUGUACACUGUGCUAGUGGAUGGACUUACCUUGUGGUCUGGGCCAUGCAGAAGACUGGAAACAAAGAUUUUAAGCCUUCUGAGCCUUGAAAUUAAGGUGGUUACCAGGAAGAGCCUUAAAAUUUUGAUUUAUGUCAAAUCCUAAUUUCAUCUUUUAGUCUCAUUUGGAGUUGUGAACCCAUGAUGUAGUAGUAUUCUUCCAUCUCCUCUGAGCGCUGUUAAAUUUCAGGUUACUAAAGCACAGGUUUUGUUUUGUGUUCUGGCACAGUGAUUUUGACAUGUAAGCAGCUGUAGUAGAAUACAGGGCCAGAGAAAGACAGGCUCGUGUGCCCGCUCACCUGUGUCCUCAGAGCUGGGUGUUUCUCUCCUGCAUCGUUUCUAGGUGCUGUUCUGGUUUUGUAUUUCUGUCAAGCAGAGACUAAUAUUUAAACUCUGUGGUUGAACAGAUUUAAUGCCAACCACUGGAGACCAGUUUAGGCAACCACCCUUUCAAAAAUUAGAAUUUAUGUCCCAAUUUUCUCACAUUGAAAAAAUGAGUAACCUGCAAUACUUUAAAAUAGCAUGAAAUUAGGAAAAUUUUGUACUUUUUAUAUACAUUUUAAGAUGGACAUUUGAAUGGGUUGAGUUAAGAAAAAAAAGGUAUUGAAUUUAAGAUACAGCUAUUAUUAGCACAAAACACUGAAAUAGGUUAACAAAAGGAGGCAUUGAUUCCAAUUUUAAGGCUGCUUGCUGUGUGUGUCCAGGAAAAUUCACAAUUCAGCUUGAGAAUACCUUGGAUAGUGCUUACCCCAAAGCUUCUGGGAGCCAGCUGGCAGAGACAGCAGGAAGGAAGUCAGCUGUACUCUCCUUCAUUAAUGUUAGUUGAACUAAAUUAUGGAUUAAUGUUCUUUCAACACAUGAUGCCUUUAGUACGCCACACUGAAAUGAAUAAUAACAGUUCUCUGUAACUGGGAACUUCAUAACAUUGGAGGCAAAAGAUUCUGAUAAGGAAAAAGCGGGAGAGAAGGCUGCUUUGGAAAAUGUCUCAUCCUGUCUUUAAAGCAUUUGCAGAAAAUGUGUCAUUUAUUCUUUUCCCUACUAUUUUCAAAUUCAUGACCUUAAAAGAUAUAAUGGUUCAAGUUAGAAUUAAGCUAAUAGAGUAGUGACACUGAGAAUAUAAAUUUAUGUUCUAAUCAGGAUUGGAUUAAGCUGGAAAAGUAUGUUUAGGCAAAUCUUGGAGAAAACCAACCAUAAACUUAUAGCCCUAAAAUUCACAAACACUAAAUUCUGUUUGAAAAAGUGGUAAAUCUUUUUUUUUUUUUUUUUUUUUUUUAAAAGAUGACCGGUAAGGGGAUCUUAACCCUUGACUUGGUGUUGUCAGCACCACGCUCACCCAGUGAGCGAACCGGCCAUCCGUAUAUGGGAUCCGAACCCGGGGCCUUGGUGUUAUCAGCACCGCACUCUCCCGAGUGAGCCACGGGCCGGCCCCGUAAAUCUCUUUUUAAGAAGUUUUGUAACACUUUCCUUUUUAUGGUUUAUUUAUUAGAAUCUAGGUCUUACAAUCCAAUCAUUGGAUGGUUUUGGUCAGCUCUGUUAGGUGUGCCUACCAAACAUUUAAAGGUAGAUGUGAAUACAUUUUAAUAUUAUAAAACUAGGAAAAUCAGAACUGAUUGCCAUUUCUUGCCCUCCUCCCACUUCUUAAAAAUGUUUAUUCCAAAGUUCAAACGGGGAAAUUCGGGGAUAGAGGUUUCAUUCUAAAACUGUUCUUUAAUAUGUGACUGCAUUGUGGGUUUGGGAAGGAGUGUAAAUUAUUUUCUGUAUAAAACAAUUUAAUAAGAUCUCAUUUGUUCAGAGUAUUCAAUAAUGUAUUUAUAAGACAUUUCUCCCUAUUUGCACUCAGGGUUAAUAUGUCAAAUGAAAUUUAAGAAGGAAAUAGAAGAAUCCAGGUACAUCCAUUGCAUAUUAUUUUGGGAAAGAUGAAUCCUAUAGAUGACAGUUUUUCAAUGUCAUCUGAAGACAGCAUUGUCUUCCAAAGAAAUACAUCUUUUCUUUUCUUUAAAAAAAUGCUUUGGCCUCCCCUUCCUGUCCACCAUAUUCUUUCUACCUCCACUCUCAAUCAUCCCUGUAUUCUUCUUUGACCAGUAACUGAUUUUGGUAAAACAGCGUUAUGUCAGUGAGCUAUCUUGUAUGAGUCAUCUUGUCAGCUUGAGCUUCAGGAAACGUGAGUAAAGGUAUAUGUAUGUAUAUAAGUUAUAUAUGUAUUCUAGCAAGAAAAACAUAUUUAUUUUGACACAGGGAAACACUGACUUACAUUGCUGAAGGACUUGAAGCUAGUGAAAGGUUCUCUUCUCAGUCUCUGAGUGUGGACCCUAAGUGGCAUAAAGACCGUCAUUCAGCAGACACCUACUGAGCAACCCUGGUGUGGCAGCACUGGCUAGGCACGCUGGUGAGCCAGGUAGACCUGACUUUGUGAAACUUUUGUAUGGGGAAGGCUAUUUUUUCUCCCUUUGGUUCCUCAAGUCUGGAUGGUCAAAAAAGUAGGGGCUGGGUACUGUACUGCCAUAGAUUUUUAGGAACUAAGGUAUUCCUCACAAACACAAAAUUUUGGGGGAAACAAUAAUUUGCUGGAAAGCUAAUUUAUUGCUUAAAUGGGAAGUGUAGGAACCACUUCCCUCUGUUUGGAUCUGCCAAGGAUUUCUUCUCAGAGCUGUUGCAUAAAUAGAGGUUGUACUUGGUAAGACAAGACAGAUAUUCACCUAAAUCUCUAAUGUGUUCUAUGGAUUUCAAUCCUGAAAAGAAAAUGAAUAAAAAUUUCAAUAAAUA